CUUCCCUCCCACUUCCACUCUCUCUCUCUCUCACAGUUCUCUACUCUAUCAAUUCCUACUCCCAUUUCAAGAACCCCCUCUCUUUUUCCGUCUCCUUACUCUCCCCAGUAGAUCCCCUUUUCCCCCUUUGCUUUCCAAAAAAGAAAAGAAAAGAAAGGACAAAGGAAAAAAAAUCUCUUUUCUUUACAUUGUUGCGGUAGAUCUUUGCUGCAUUUCAUGGAUCUACAAUCGCGCCGAGCCGCAUUGUCUUAAUCUUCUCUCUCCUAGGGUUUUUUCGAAGCUUUCUUUCUUUUUUUUGUUGGCGCUUGGCGGUGGAGCUGUGUAGCUUUACUCUUGUUUGGUUAUGAGGUGUAUUGCUUCGCUCGGAGAAUGCGACGGAGAGGCUUCCCGGCGGCUAAUGGUCCACCGGAACUUUAGGUCUCUCCGGUGGCUCUCCAACGAGGCUCGCGCAGUCCGAGUUGGUCUCGCUUUCUGACGAUGGUUGUUGUGGACUCUGGUUCAGCGAGGGAAGAUGCCUGCUUUGACUCUGUUCCUUGUGCUUCUUGUUUACUUACUCAGCUUUCUCUCUUGUUCUUGUUCAGGGCUGCAAAUAUACUUGGCUUCUUUGCAACCAGUGCACCGGAUGUCUGCGAUGGGAACAAUAGUUGACCAUGCAGCUAGGUUAAUUUCAAUGCGUGCAUUAUUUUCUCGACCAAGAUCACCCCAGAAACAUGUUAAUCCUUCUUUUGGACCAGCCACUGCACCUGCAGUGUCUCCUAUCCAUCAAGCUCCUGUUGCUAGCCCCAGUAGCCAUGUGGUACCUCGUCAUCGUCAUGGUGGUCAUCACCAUCAUCGUCAUGUUAAACCUCAAGCAUCUGCUCCAUCACCUUCAGAGCAAGGUUGUGAUCAAAUUUGCGUGGAGCCACUUACUGCAACCCCCUUUGGUUCACCUUGUGGUUGUGUGUUCCCUAUGAAAGUCAAACUUCUUCUAACUGUAGCUCCUUAUGCUGUUUUCCCCGUAAUGAAUGAGCUAGAGAUUGAGGUUGCUGCAGGCAUAUAUUUGCAACAAAGUCAAGUGAAAAUAAUGGGUGCGACCGCUGAUACUCAAAAUCAGGGGAGAACGAUGGUGGAGAUUAACUUGGUUCCACUUGGAGAGAAGUUUGAUAAUACGACAGCAAUACUUACAUAUGACCGACUUUGGCAUAAAAGAGUGUCUCUAAAUUCAACUCUUUUUGGAACAUAUGAGGUGGUAUCCAUAAGUUAUCCAGGAAUUCCUGCUUCACCGCCAUAUGGGAAUAUUUUGGGGAGUGGUCCAACCGGAAGUGCUGGAGAUCUCCCAAUCACGGCCAAUUUUCUUAACAAGAACCAGAAGAUGAACAUCAGGAUCAUUGCGAUUAUUGUUUUAUCUGCUUUUGUGCUCCUAUUGGUUUUAGUUGGAGCGAUCUCUGUCCUCAUAAAAUGGAGGAAGGUUGGAAGACCAUCCAAUGCUGUUGGUCCGGCAUUUCCUUCCUCAGUAAACAAAAGAUCUGGCAUUGGUUCUAUCUUGUCAAGCAGUAUUUCAAGCUCUGCAUCAAUGUCACUCAUGUCCACUAUGGCUACUUGUGCUCUCUCAGUUAAAACAUUUGCAGUUGUGGAGCUUGAGAAGGCAACAGACAAGUUCAGUUCAAAGAGGAUUCUUGGUGAAGGAGGAUUUGGACGUGUUUACCGUGGCGUUAUGGAAGAUGGAAAUGAGGUAGCUGUUAAGUUACUUACAAGAGAUAAUCAGAAUGGAGACCGUGAAUUUAUUGCAGAAGUGGAGAUGCUAAGCCGAUUGCACCACCGCAAUCUUGUAAAACUUGUUGGUAUAUGUAUUGAAGGACGCAUACGCUGCUUGGUUUAUGAGCUUGUUCCAAAUGGAAGUGUGGAAUCACACUUGCAUGGUAUUGACAAAAAGAAAGGACCUCUUGAUUGGGAUGCACGCCUGAAGAUUGCCCUUGGAGCAGCUAGAGGAUUGGCUUAUCUUCAUGAAGAUUCUAACCCUCGAGUGAUUCAUCGAGAUUUUAAGGCUAGUAAUGUUCUGUUAGAAAAUGACUUC